UAACAAUACAUAAAUUUGAACUCAAAGAGCUUCUUUAUCAGGAAAUCCCCCAAAUUUUGAAUAUGAAGACGUUCAAAUGGAUCACAUUACACGCUUGAAAAUGAGGAAGGAAAUCCACUGUAAAAAAGCAGAACAAUGACAGUUGGCUUCAAACGCUCUUGGGUUGAACUAAUGAAUGCUGCAAUCAGAGGACACAGAGCUGAGUCUCCUUCCAAACAAAGCUGACACUAGAAACAAUGAACACCACAACAGAGAAGGACCUCAACGGAUCUGAGCGGUGCCCCAGAGACACGCGGAUAACACAGCUGGUGUUCCCAGCCCUCUACACUGGUGUAUUCUUCAUGGGCAUCCUGCUGAACGCUCUGGCCCUGUGGGUGUUCAUUCACACGCCCAGCUCCUCCUCCUUCAUCGUCUACCUCAAAAACACUCUGAUGGCUGACUUGAUAAUGGCACUCAUGCUUCCAUUCAAAAUCCUCUCCGACUCGUACCCUGGACUCUGGCAACUCAGAGCUUUCGUUUGUCGCUUCUCAGCCGUUGUCUUCUAUGACACCAUGUACGUGAGCAUCACACUGCUUGGCCUCAUCGCCUUUGACAGAUUCUUCAAGAUUGUCAGACCUACUGGAAAGUUUUUCGUACAGAAACCGAUUUUUGCAAAAGUGGUCUCAGCCCUCAUCUGGCUCCUUUUGUUCCUGAUCUCCUUGCCAAACACGUUCUUAAGUAACAAGAAGGCAACACCGUUAUCAGUGAAGAAGUGUGCUGCUUUGAAGAGUCCUCUGGGGCUGACGUGGCAUCAAGUGGCGAAUUACAUAUCCCAGUUUAUUUUCUGGACUGUUUUCGUUCUCAUGCUUCUGUUCUAUGCGGUGAUUACAAAAAAAGUAUAUGAUUCUUAUAGAAAAUCCAAAAGUAAGGACAGCAGAAGCAACAAAAAGCUAAAAGGUAAAGUGUUUAUUGUGGUGGCUGUGUUCGUCGUGUGUUUUGUCCCGUUUCAUUUUGCCAAGCUUCCAUAUGUUCACAGUCAAACCAACAAUAAGACUGACUGUAAACUGCAAAAUCAACUGUUCAUCGCAAAAGAAACAACUCUCUUUUUGGCAACAACUAACAUUUGUAUGGUUCCCUUAAUAUACAUAUUCUUAUGUAAAAAAUUCACAGAAAGACUACCAUGUAUGAGGAGAAGGGCCACAGUGGCCAGCCAAGAAAGUCACAGUAAUCAGACAUAUAAUAUAAUCCUAAGCUGACAACUUUAUACAUGGUUAACUUCUACUGACUGGGGAGGCUUCAAGAACAUAACUUACUUGCAAAUCAAAUCUCAAUGAUAAAAGGAAAAACAAUCGGAACAAAUGCUUUCUUGCACGUUAUUAUCCUGGCGUACAAAAAGAAUGAUACAGAUUUUUAAAAAAUAAUAUUUUAUUCAGUUGCUGGUGAAAGUUACCCCAGCCAGUUGGCUUCCCAAUCGACUACUUACACACCAAUUGUUCAGUGACAUUAGUUACAUUUACCACAAUGUGUGAACAUUCUCUUUGUGUUCUGUUUCCAGUACUCUAGUUUCCCUGCCCCCUUAUCUUCUCAUCUUGGCUUUUAAGUAAUUGUUGACCUUUGGAUCUCAUACAGAUGGUUUUUAAGUAGAGCACAGAUCUUACGGGUAAUGUCCUUUAUUCUGUGUGCCACUCUGCUAUUCUGCUAAAAGGUGAUCUCAGGGGAUAGGCUAAGUUCUGCGUUUAAAGAGUGUCUCAGGGAGAUAGUCUCAGGGAGUCGUCUGUUCUCUACUGUUCCAGUUUGUCUAGUUGUUUUUUUUUUUAAUAUAAUAAUUAGAAUUUGUUCCAUAUUUUUCGCCUAAACUAUCCAGCACCAACUUUUGUGACCUCGGUCAGAGUGGUCAGUGGUGGUAGCCAGGCACCAUCUUCUUCUGGUCUCAGCGUAGAUGAGGUUGUGGCUCGUGUAGACUUGUUUCUUCUCUGAGCUUUCGGCUACCUUCUUACCGUUUUGCUCCUGGCAAGUAGAAACCAAUAGUUGUAUCUUAGAUGGCCGCUCCCAAGCUUUUAAGACCCCAGAUGCUACUCACUUCACUAGGAAGCAGAUCAUGAUUUUCUUGAACUAUGUUAUGCCGAUUGACUGAGUUGUCUGAUGAGAGUAUGGUCUAAAGCUUUCAAACGCAGAAAACCAAUCCUGGAAGGUGUUUGGUUAUGUCUGAAGAGUAUUUGUAUUUGUGUCUUCAAUGAAUAUAUGUGCCUGCACCCACAUGUUUGUGUUUAUACGAACCUAUAGAUACUUCAGCCUGUUCCCACCUAUAUACACAUCUGUACCGACUCAUAUACAAAUAUGCCUGUACCUAUCCAUACGUGCACCAACACUUGAUUUAAUUAGAUAUUCUUAAGUGAAAUGAGUUACCAUUAAGAGACUGCAAUGGAAAGUAAACAGCCACUAGAGGUCAUCUUUACAAGAGCAUUGGCUUCCAAUUUGGAAAAGAUAUGGUAUGGGGAAAUGUAUGUCCCUAAACACCUCACAGUCUCUGCGUGGUGCAAACAGUUAAUCUGCUCAGCUGCUAACCAAAAAGUUGGAGGGUCAAGUCCAUCCAGAGUUGCCUCCAAGAAAGGCCUGGUGAUCUUCUUCCAAACAAUCAGCUAUUGAAAAACCCUAUGGAGCACAGUUCUACUCCGACACACAUGGGGUCACCAUGAGUCCAGGGUCUACUCAACAGCAACUCUGUGUGUAUGUGUGUGUGUCUAUGUGUUAUAACACCUUCUCCCAUUCUUUUACACACAUAAUCCAAACAACACUACUGCUUUAGUAUCCCACAAAUGUCACGAUACUUGUUCCUUAAACAAACAAUCAAAUAAUACCCUCCAAGGUCCUUUGAUGAAAGCUGAAGCUAAUGGUUGAAGGGAUGCUAGAUAUGAAGAGACGGGGAAUCCGAAGGAUGCCAAAAAGUUCUCUCCUUCCAAUUACAAAGAGCCUCUUCCCCAUAAUCUCAAUACUCUACAGGAGACGUAAGCACCAUUACUAGAGCACAUAAAAUACUGUAUUAUAGUACUCUGCUGGCAUGCGAGACUGUGUACAAUUCAAGGGCUGUAAUGCUACGUUAUUACUCUUUGGAUUCUCCUUCUGCCUAGCUAAUACCCUAAUGGCAGCUGAUUAUGCCACACACUUAGCAAGGCCUUCCUGGGUCACAGCCCUACUGCCCUAUCCCAUACCCCUGGUUGAAAAUAAUGACUUCUCCCACUGUUUGGGUACCUGUAGAGCCCUCACUGCAUUUCCCUUUACUGGUCAGCUGUUUUCUUGACUGCAACCCCGAAAGAGAGUUAGGUUUCCUGAAGACAGACAAUAUGGCAUGUUUACUUGGUAUCUCCCACAAUACUCCUCACAAACCAUGGACUCCAAGGGUUUCGAAUAGAAUGUGUCAUUGUUCUCCCAAUCUGAGUGCAUAGAGACAUGGAACUGCUGACCCAGAAUCAUUCAUUUUGGCAGACUUUUCAUAAGAUGGUGACCUAUUUGUACUUAUCUCUACUGUUUUUCCUGGAUCCCUUUGUGGCUCAAAAAUGUAACUAAUAGUAUGACCCCCAGGCACCCUUUUAGCUCAUAAUGAAGUCACUCCAGAGGUUCACCUUUUAGCCAAAGAUCAGACAGGCCCACAGGACAAAAUGAGACUAAAGGGGUAUACCGGCCCA